AGUACAGUAAACAGCGCCAAAACUAGGAGCAUAAUGAAAAGAGAAAACAAAUGUAGAAAAGGAAAAGGAAAAUUGACGAAGAGGAAUUAUAAAGCUGCAAACUGACUACUCCAGCAGCAAGAAGUCGCACACACCAAAAUAGUAAGAACGAGUGCCUGGCAAUGGAAAUGCAACAGAAACAAUAACCAAAAUCUGAGUAGACAUAUAUUGCUUAGAAAAGAAAAGGAAAAAAACACAAAAAGAGGCUAUAUAUGCCUUUUUGGUUGGCUUAAUUGCAAGUUUGGUCACUCGAAUUGCUAUAACAUUUCACGUUUGCCACUCAAAUUAAUUUAUUCCAUUUAUAGUCACUCGAAUUAGUUGAACAGUUCAAGUUCGGUCACUCUCCGUUAACCUCCGUUAACUUUGACUGACGUGGCGGUCAACUCUGACAGUUGACCGUUAAAUGUGUGACGUGGCAAAUAAAAAAUAAUUAAAAAAUAAAAAUUAAAUUUUAGAAAUUACACAUCAUUAUAAAAAAAUCAUAAUUAUAAAAAAUGAAAAAAAGAAAUUAUCACAAAAAAAAAAUUAAUUUAUUCUUAAUUGCGAAUCAUAUUUUAAUCAUCAUCUCAGAUGGUGGUUCUACAGGCGGAGCUGGAGCGGGUGAAAGUGGAGAAUCUCCGGCUGAGAGAGAUGCUGAAUCAAGUCAACAACAACUACAGCGCGCUGCAGAUGCACGUAAUGUCGCUGAUGCACGAUCAGAAGCCGUCGCCGCUUUCGCCGCCGGCGGACGAGCAGGACAACAACGGUGGAGGAGCGGUGGUGGUCCCCCGGCAGUUCAUGGAUCUCGGACUAGCGAAUUCCUCCGCUGCGUAAAUACGAGUGGAAGCAAUAUGAUUUUUAUAGCCGGGUGCGAGUCUUAUGGAGACAGUCUUUACAGUCGCCGGGAGAAACCGAGUGGAAGCAAUAUGCCGAUGCGGCGACGGUGAGAUAGCCCUCUAUGUAUACUUUGCAGGAGGGCUCGUCCCCGGGCUGUGCUGUGUCAAUCGCCUCUCCCAGUGAGAUCAAUGCUAGGCCUCUCAUUUGGUCGCUGAUUCUUGCUUCAACCCGCAAAUGCUAUAGACCUUGGUUACGUUUGGACGGCUUUCCACGACGACGACGACGACGAAGUUUCCGUCGCUAAAGAUGAACGCAACCGCCAGAACAAGGACUGUAUAUUGGUGGUGUCAUGAUUAUUAUUAUUAUUAUUAUUUUGUUUAAAAUGUUGGGGGAUGGGAGGGGAUUCAGUUCUUGAGUUGAUGAUGAUACUCGCUUAUUUGAUUCGAGUUAUUUAUGUCUUUUUUUGUGAUAAUUUUUUUUUUCAUUUUUUAUAAUUAUAAUUUUUUUUAUAAUGAUGUGUAAUUUCUAAAAAUUUAAUUUUUAUUUUUUAAUUAUUUUUUAUUUGCCACGUCACACAUUUAACGGUCAACUGUCAGAGUUGACCGCCACGUCAGUCAAAGUUAACGGAGGUUAACGGAGAGUGACCGAACUUGAACUGUUCAACUAAUUCGAGUGACUAUAAAUGGAAUAAAUUAAU